GCCAAACAAAACGCGUGCGGUGAACAACAAAGCGGCUGUGUGCAUUGUAUAUGUAUAUAUAUAUAUAUUUAUAUAUAUUUACCGUUAGUAGAUUUCAAUUAUUUGAAUUUGAAAAUCAAACGUUACUGUUAUUUUGUGAGAAGCCAUGGCAAAUUGGAAUGCGCUGCUGUUGAACCUCAUUCUGCUAAUUUUUGCGUUUGUCGCACACACAUCAAGCACAGUUCAGCCAAAAGCACCCAAUUUCCAAUAUUUUGAGAGGCCCAAAUAUCGUUAUCCAUACUAUGAUGAAAAUGGCAAAGGAAAACUGCUUUAUGGCUAUGGCGGACCUGAAUUAUAUCAAUACAAAACCUACACUCCGCUGGAAGGCAUACAUUAAUCUAAGUUUACAUGUUAAUUAAAUUAUGUUUUUUAAUUUAUGUAUUUUAUGUUGACCUGGGUAAAAUGAACAAAGUGGCCAGUGCUAUUUUUAAGUUGAAUUACUAGUUACCUAUAUCAAAUAAUACUAAUUACAAACAUCUUAUAGCUGAAUGCAUUUUUCAAAUAAAAUAAAUGCGCGCCAAGCGGCACGUUUAAUACUAAUAAA